CCUAUAUAUCAGCUUUCUCUCUCCUCCGCGUGUUAUCAGAUCGUCUGUCUCGCCACUCUCGUCUUCAAUCUCAUCACGUUCAUUGUCACAACGUCACCAACUCUCUCUCUCUUCUAACCAUUUACACACACACUCAUAGUACACAUAAAGAGGCAUCGCAGAGAAAGGGGCGGAGGGCAGAAGGUUGACGGAAGGUGGUGGAGCAAUGGCGGGAAACGAUUGGAUAAACAGUUACUUGGAGGCGAUUCUGGAUGUCGGACCUGGACUUGACGAUGCUAAAUCCUCGCUGCUCCUCCGUGAGAGAGGCCGUUUUAGUCCGACUCGCUAUUUCGUCGAUAACGUUAUCGGCUUUGAUGAAACCGAUCUCCAUCGCUCUUGGGUUAAGGCACAAGCGACGAGGAGUCCUCAAGAGAGGAACACUAGGCUUGAGAAUAUGUGUUGGAGGAUCUGGAAUUUGGCUCGACAGAAAAAACAGCUUGAGAGCGAGGUAGCCCAAAGAAUGACCAAACGUCGCCUUGAGCGUGAACGUGGUCGCAAAGAAGCUGUGGCUGAUAUGUCAGAAGACUUAUCCGAAGGGGAGAAAGGAGACACCAUCACUGAUGCUUCUGCUCAUGGUGAUAACAGCAACAGAGGCCGUUUACCUAGAAUCAGCUCUACAGAUGCUAUGGAGGCAUGGGCUAAUCAACAAAAGGGGAAAAAACUUUACCUUGUACUCAUAAGUCUUCAUGGUCUUAUACGCGGUGAAAACAUGGAGCUAGGGCGUGAUUCUGAUACAGGUGGUCAAGUAAAGUAUGUGGUUGAACUCGCAAGGGCUUUAGCUUCAAUGCCAGGUGUCUAUCGAGUGGAUUUGCUGACUAGGCAAGUAGCAUCAUCUGAAGUGGACUGGAGUUAUGGUGAACCAACAGAAAUGCUAUCACCACACAAUUCAAACAACUUAACAGAUGAAAUAGGCGAAAGUAGUGGCGCGUAUAUAAUCCGUAUCCCCUUCGGUCCAAAAGACAAAUAUAUCCCUAAAGAAUCCCUAUGGCCUCACAUACCCGAAUUUGUUGAUGGAGCACUCAGUCACAUCAUCCAAAUGUCAAAAGUUUUGGGGGAGCAAGUAGGUGGGGGCCACCCUGUGUGGCCUGUAGCAAUCCAUGGUCAUUAUGCAGAUGCAGGGAGAGAUAAGUUGGAGCAACUUUUGAGACAAGGGAGAUUGUCUAAAGAUGAAAUAAAUGAUACGUAUAAGAUAAUGAGGAGGAUUGAGGCUGAAGAGUUGACUGUUGAUGCUUCUGAGGUUGUUAUAACUAGUACAAGACAGGAGAUUGAAGAACAAUGGAGAUUGUAUAAUGGGUUUGACCCUGUUCUUGAAAGGAAGCUUAGGGCUAGGAUUAGAAGGAAUGUGAGCUGUUAUGGAAGAUUCAUGCCUCGUAUGAUUGUGAUUCCACCUGGAAUGGAAUUCAAUCAUAUUAUCCCACAUGAUGGUGACAUGGAUGCUGACAUGGAAACAACAGAAGAUCGCCAAGCUUCUCCGGACCCGCCUAUCUGGACAGAGAUAAUGAGAUUCUUUACAAACCCACGAAAGCCUAUGAUCCUUGCACUUGCUAGGCCAGACCCAAAAAAGAACCUUAUAACUUUGGUCAAAGCAUUUGGGGAAUGUCGCCCGUUACGCGAGCUUGCAAAUCUUACGUUAAUAAUGGGUAACCGAGAUAACAUUGAUGAGAUGUCAAACACUAGUGCUUCCAUGCUUCUUUCCAUUAUUAAAAUGAUUGAUAAAUAUGAUCUUUAUGGUCAAGUGGCAUACCCUAAACAUCAUAAGCAAAGUGAGGUCCCUGAUAUCUAUCGUUUAGCAGCAAAAACAAAGGGUGUUUUUAUUAAUCCGGCUUUUAUAGAGCCAUUUGGACUCACAUUAAUUGAGGCUGCAGCUCAUGGGCUACCAAUGGUUGCCACAAAAAAUGGAGGCCCUGUUGAUAUACACCGUGUACUUGACAACGGUUUACUUGUCGAUCCCCAUGAUGAAAAAUCCGUUGCUGAUGCGUUACUAAAACUUGUAGCAGACAAACAGCUUUGGUCAAAGUGCAGGUCAAACGGGUUAAGAAACAUCCAUUUAUUUUCAUGGACUGAACACUGCAAAACUUAUCUUUCAAGAAUUGCAAGUUGCAAACCAAGGCAACCCGGGUGGCUAAAAAAUGGCAAUGAUAAUGAUGAUGAUGAUGAUGAUGAGAAUUCAGAAGCCGAAUCACCAAGUGAUUCUUUAAGAGACAUGCAAGACAUUUCUCUAAAUCUAAAGUUUUCAAUGGAUAACUAUGAAGAUCAAAAAGGUAAAAUAGAGAAUGCAGUCAUGUCGUAUUCAAAGGGUGUCAUGAAAGGAGAAAAAACCGACCAAGGGAAGUUCCCGGCGUUACGAAGGCGUAAGGGUAUUUUCGUAAUUGCGGUCGAUGGCGAUGACAUUGGUGUUAUUUUUGAAAAUGUUAAGAAGGUUUUUGAGGCGGUGGAGAAGGAGAGGACGGAAGGUUCUAUUGGGUUUAUAUUGGCUACAUCGUUACAGAUGGCGGAAGUUCAUUCGUUUAUGGUUUUGAAACGGUUAAAUUCGUCCGAUUUUGAUGCGUUUAUUUGUAAUAGUGGGGCCGAUCUUUAUUACACAUCUUCUCAUAGUGAAGAUAAUCCGUUUGUGUUUGAUUUGUAUUAUCAUUCGCAUAUUGAGUAUAGGUGGGGUGGUGAAGGGCUUAGGAAGACUUUGCUUAGAUGGGCGUCUUCUUUUGUUGACAAGAAUAAAAAUGGUGAACAUGUUGUUACGGAAGAUGAAGCGGUUUCAACCGAUUAUUGUUACGCUUUCAAUGUUCACAAUCCCACACUCGUUCCUCCGGCUAAGGAACUUCGGAAGAUGAUGAGGAUUCAAGCUCUUCGUUGUCAUGUUAUUUAUUGCCAAAACGGGAAGAAGAUAAACGUUAUCCCGGUAUUGGCGUCUCGUUCACAAGCCCUCAGGUAUUUGUAUCUCCGAUGGGGAAUGGAGUUAUCGAAGGUCGUGGUUUUUAUUGGAGAAAGUGGCGACACCGAUUACGAAGGGUUUCUUGGUGGUGUUCAUAAGUCGGUUGUAUUAAAGGGAGUUAGUAACAAUAGCAACCUACUUCAUGCCAACAGAAUCUACCCUCUUUCUGACGUCAUCCCCAAAGACAGCCCUAACGUUAUUCAGACACCCCAAGAUUUUACCAGUGCCGACAUCCGCACAAUGUUGGGAAACCUAGGAGUUCUCAAAGGAUAAGACUUUGUUUUUGUUUUUGUUUUUUUUUUGGAAAGUUGGUGAACUUGUAUGUACAGUUCGGGAGCUGGAAUGGCCGGACCUUGAGAAAUAAAGCUAUGGUAAAAGUUGUACCUUAUGCAUUGAAACUUAUACCUUCUUUUUGAAUUGGAAUUUUAAUUUUGGAGUUAAAAAAUAUUUGUUUGACCUUGAAAUGGGAAUAUCAUUGAUAUUGAAAGGCGUGUAUCUUGCAAGCUAAGUUUGAGUUGGCUUGAGGGAAAC